UUCUUCCAAAUGGACAUUUCCAAUUCCAUGAAUCUCAACACAAGCACAUUAACGAUGGCGGGAAUGAGGCAGAAGCCAUACAAGGUUCAAGUCAUAUCCUGCAAGGGAAGUGCCGAUGACUCAUGCAUGCCAAGAGGAAACGCCAGCUUCUAUCAAGUGCUUCGCCUGAAUCAAGCUGUGGGGUUGGAUGAAAUCAAAAAGGCUUAUAGAAGCUUGGUUCUUCGAUACCACCCAGACGUUUGUGCUUCUUCUUCCAAAGACGAAUCCACAAAGCGAUUCCUCGAGCUCCAAAUGGCUUACGAGACGCUUUCCGAUCCUGUUUCUCGUCAAAUGUACGAUUACCAGUUGAGUUUUGAGAAUUGUUUGAUCGGAGAAAGAAGAUCGAAAUUUCCUAGACAUAUCUGGGAAAAACAACUCCAUGGAUUAAAGAAACGAUCUGAUGCUAGGAUGAAUAACAUGUAUAGGUAGAGAUAUUAUAAAUACCUGUGUUGUUCAUAUAAACAAACAUUAUUUGUUAAUCUUCAUUCAUUUUCAGCAUGUAUUGUUUUGUUUUUCAUAUAAUUGAUUGUAAAUGAAAAACGCUGUGUAUUUCAUGGUA